AUGGGUAAUCAAUCAUCUGGUGGACAAAAACGUGGCGAUGGAACUGGAGAUAAAGAAAAAAAGAAAUAUGAACCACCAAUACCGACACGUAUUGGCAAACGAAAAAAACGUGUUAAAGGUCCAGAAGCAGCUAAUAAACUUCCACAAGUAUUACCUUACACUCGAUGUCGUUUAAAACAAUUACGUUUUGAACGAAUUAAAGAUUAUUUGUUAUUAGAAGAAGAAUUUAUUAAAAAUCAAGAACGUUUAAAACCACAAGAAGAUCGACAUGAAGAAGAACGAUCUAAAGUUGAUGAUAUUCGAGGUAGCCCAAUGGCAGUGGGUACAUUAGAAGAAAUAAUUGAUGAUAAUCAUGCUAUUGUGUCAACAUCAGUUGGUUCUGAACAUUAUGUCACAAUAAUGUCAUUCGUUGAUAAAGAUCAGCUUGAGCCUGGAUGCACCGUACUGUUAAAUCAUAAAGUUCAUGCUGUUAUUGGCGUCUUAGGUGACGAUGUUGAUCCAAUGGUUGCCGUCAUGAAAUUGGAAAAGGCACCAAAAGAAACAUAUGCUGAUAUUGGAGGACUUACGCAACAAAUUCAAGAAAUUAAAGAAGCUGUUGAAUUACCAUUAACACAUCCAGAAUACUAUGAAGAAAUGGGUAUUAAGCCUCCAAAAGGUGUUAUAUUAUAUGGACAACCAGGAACAGGUAAAACUCUAUUGGCAAAAGCUGUUGCGAAUCAAACAUCGGCCACAUUUUUACGUGUCGUUGGUUCAGAAUUAAUUCAAAAAUAUUUGGGUGAUGGUCCAAAACUAGUUCGUGAAUUGUUUCGUGUUGCGGAAGAAUAUGCACCAGCUAUUGUAUUUAUUGACGAAAUUGAUGCCAUCGGAACAAAACGUUAUGAGUCGAAUUCUGGUGGUGAACGUGAAAUUCAGCGAACUAUGUUAGAAUUAUUAAAUCAAUUGGAUGGAUUUGAUUCACGAGGAGAUGUUAAAGUUAUUAUGGCAACUAAUCGUAUUGAUUCAUUGGAUCCAGCAUUGAUUCGACCUGGCCGAAUUGAUCGCAAAAUUGAAUUUCCAUUACCAGAUGAAAAAACACGUCGAAUGAUCUUUAAAAUACAUACUGGUAGGAUGACAUUGUCUGAUGAUGUUAAUCUGGAAGAAUUGAUUAUGGCUAAAGACGAUUUGUCAGGUGCUGAUAUCAAAGCCAUUUGUACUGAAUCAGGUUUAAUGGCAUUACGUGAACGUCGAAUGAAAGUGACAAAUGAAGAUUUUCGUAAAAGCAAAGAAACUGUAUUAUAUCGUAAAAAUCAAGGCACACCAGAAGGACUUUAUUUAUAA